GCUCAGCCAUUUUUGGACUCAAUUCCUGCUUUCCGCCACAGAUGUUCAGUGUGAGGAUGCCUCGUUUUCCUGUGAUGGCGCUCGUUUUCGCACUGCCGGCUGCAGCGGCUGUGUUUGUGCCAACUGUUCGAAUUGGCCCUAACAAAGAUGUUGAGAUGCAAAUGAUAGCGUUCGGGACGUAUCGGCACUCCUUGACCAGCUGCGAUGUGAUCUCGGGAGUCAUGCAGUGGUUGGAGCUCGGCGGUCGGCACAUCGACACAGCACACGAUUAUGGAACUGAGCCGGACGUGGGAAAGGCGAUUCGUUUGUCCAAUGUUCCCCGCAAGGAGAUUUUCAUAACCACGAAGAUCCCUGGGCCCAUCGGCAGGGACGCCGUAAAGACUUUGGUGCUGAAUGAAACCUUGCCGAAGCUGGGAACCGAAUAUGCCGCACGGCGACGCAUUCGGUGGAGAGAUGUGGAGAGGGAAUUGUCCGGCAGUGCCUCUGGAUGUUUGCAGGUGGACCUCCUCUUGAUCCACACACCCUGCCUGGAGCGCAGCGACUUCCCCAACAAGUGCGGCUCGAAGCUUCGUGCAGAGCGCCUGGACACCUACCGCGGCCUUAUGGAGCUCCGUGCCGCCGGGAAGAUCCGCGCCAUCGGCGUCAGCAACUAUUUGGCCGAGCAGGUCGAAGAAGUUGUGGCAGAGUUGAAGGAGGCUCCGGCAGUGAACCAGGUGGAGUGGCACUUGGCUUAUCACAACGAGACCUUGCGGCAACGCAUGGAGUCUUCGUCCGUGCGCCUUGAAGCCUGGGCGUCUUUGGCAGGUCCUACGGGGCAAGGGAGCCCUAGCAUUUCUUUGGCAGAUGAGAGGCUCAAGAAAGUUGCAGGGCGCUACAACAUGAGCACAGCUCAGCUGGAACUGCGCUGGGAAACUCUGCGCGGCGUCGUCCCCGUGACCGCCACUUGCUCCCGGGAGCACGCGGUUGGUGACAUGAACUCCUUUAACUUCAACCUGUCCAACGAGGACCUGGAUUACUUGGAUAGCCUGCCGGCGCUCAUGGAGACAUCCUUGCUGCUUUGAGCGACCAACGGGGCACGGCGCAAUACGGCGCACGUGCCGGAACCCAAAAGUGGCACUGCGCAGGCUUUCGGUGAUAUUUGUUGUGGCGGCACCGGGCGGUUGUCCAGCAAUGUCCAG